AUGCUCCAUGCCCUGUUUUUCUUCAACUUUGUGAUUGAGGAUGUUUCAGUAGGCGCUCUAGGUCUCCAGGAUUCUGGAGCAGAGCAACGCACGACUGACUUGAACUAUGCUGGUGGUAUCGCCUCGCUUGGUGACGACCCAAAGAUCAUGCAGGUCGCUCUAAAUCGCUUAGUGAUUAGUUACCAAGUAUGGUAUGAGCUUUGCCCCAUCGAAGUGCAAGGUCCUACUACAGUAAUGGCAUCCAGCUACCCCGUGCUGAUUCUUGAAGCCAUGCAGCUUGAACAAGUAGAUAGUUUCAUCUAAGAUAGAAGUUGUGUCUCUUCUUCUGGCACCAUUGGUAAAGAGAUUUCGCUCCGUAGUGCCAAGGCCAGGUCAGCUAUCGCUUAUCUGAGGCAGCUGUGAUGUGAAAGUUCACUCUCGGUAAAGAGCAGGAUCCACAAUGCCGGUGUUCGUGCGGUCCUGUCGUACGAAAGUGUCGCGUCCUGG